CCCGAGUCUUCUCCUUUUCCUUGUCACUGUCCUUUCCUCCGUUUCCCCAAGAGCUACAAAUCAAUGUAUGCGUCUCUCUCCCUCUCUCUAUAUAAUAUGUGAGAAUAACUGAAUACUGAGAUGGGUGUUGACUGUUUGAGCAUUUUUCAAAGAUUAUAAAAUUAUAGGUAAAAAGAGAAAAAACAGAAAUGGAUGGGAUGGGUUGGGGCAGUUUUCUCAAGAUAGUAACCAAGUUCUUCAAUGUUCUUGCUUGGCCUUCAAUUACUUUGGUGUGUCCCCUGUAUGCUUCGAUUCGGGCGGUAGAGGGUGAUAAACCCUUCAAUUAUCAGCAAUGUCUCACUUAUUGGGUUUUGUUUUCUAUAACCAAAAUCAUGGAGUCAAUGCUUGCCAAACUUCUCGUGUGGCUACCGUUUUGGCCUCAUUUAAAGGGAAUAGUCACCCUCUUGCUGGUGGUUCCUCACUUUGGUGGUGCUUUUUAUGUCUAUAUGCACUUCAUCAGGCCCUACAUCUCAGCGAACUCACAAGGGUGUGACAUACCGACCAUUACUACAACGAAUGGUUGUAUAUUCAGUGAGCAUAAUGACUCCCUUGGAGAGAUACACAUCGAGGAUGGAUUGGAUAUAUCAGAGGAAGACGUCUUUUGCAAGGGUGAAUAUAACAUAUCCCAUGACCAUGUGGAAAGUCAUUUGAUUAAUCUGGCCAGUCCGAAGAAAGUUCAGAAGGAGUGGAGUUGUGCUGUCUGCCAGGUUACCACCACCAGUCAGAUAUGUUUAAAUACACACCUUCAAGGGAAGAAGCACAAGGCCAUGGAAGAGGAACUAAGAAAUGAACUGGUAACGAACAAUCCAGUCAAGUCUUCUUUAAUGACGAACUUUGAAAAAUGGGGCAGCAGCCUCUUAAGCCCAGUUGCAAGAUCAAUUAUACGGUGCACAUGGAAAAAGCCAAAGUUCGGAUGGACAAAAUUAAAUGCCGAUGGAUCAAUAGGUCGAGAAAACGUUGGUUUUGGUGGUUUGCUUCGUGAUUACAAAGGUGACCCUAUAUGUGCGUAUGUCUCUAAAGCUCCUACACUAAAUGAUAUUUUCCUGGUUGAACUAUGGGCGAUAUGGAGAGGCCUUGUUCUUGCCUCGAGUCUGGGGAUUAAAGUUAUAUGGGUGGAGUCUGAUUCAAGGAGUGCGGUGAAAUCCAUCAACAGAGAGCAACCAUAUAGUCCAAAGGCUAGUAGUUGUUUGAACCAUAUUUGGGAACUUCUAAAGAAGUUUGAGAAGUACCGAGUCUCUCACUCGUGGCGUGAAACUAACCGAGCUGCUGAUCACCUUUCAAAGAUGGAUCUUUCGGGAAGUGAUGUUGUUCUAUGGCCAACCGAUUUUCCUACUAGACUUCACGAUAUUAUCAUGGAUGAUGCUCGAGGAACAAGGUACCCUAGAGGUUAAAUUGAUGAAACACUGUUAGGAAAUCAAAAUUUUAUCAAAAGCUAACAUUUUGCGAAGAAAUAGAACUGGCAACUAUUGUUGUUGAGAUGAAGCAGGAAGGCAGAAAAUUUGGGGAUUGAAUCCAUGGUUGCGGUCCAGAGAGGUUAAGGCGAUGCGAAGUUGUGCAGUUGUUGGCUUAGCUUAUGUUUCCAUUUUGAAUUACAAGGGGUUUUAGGUUGUACAUAUGGAAGUUAUCACUUGUAAAGGCUCUGAUUUUAUGGGUCCUAAUUGUUACAUUAACUUGCUUCUUGAUUUAGUGUACAUCAUUACAAAGAAUUUGUUGUUGUCUGA